AUGGCGAUAACAUCAUCGGUAAACUCUCUGCAACAUUCUUCAUCUUUACUGAGUUUCCGUCGGAUCACAACCCGGAAAGCCCUUCUGGGUUUCGGGUUUGAUCCACGGAAGAAUCAAAUUCGAUUUGAGAAUUUACGUUACUCGUCGGAAAAAAAUGGGAAAAAAAGAGGUGAAACGGUGGUAUCGGCGGCGAAGAACAAGAGGAAUCAAUCGCCGGAAAGAUGCGCGGCGGAGGGAAUACUGAUCGGCGGAGGUGGAGGAGAGACGGAAGCGAUUGCUGAGGUUAGGACAAUGAUACCGGAGAGGAUUAAGAUAGUGAUACUGUCGGCAUGCAUGAUGUGUCUGUGUAACGCCGACCGAGUCGUUAUGUCCGUCGCGGUGGUUCCACUCGCCGAGAAACUUGGUUGGUCGAGUUCUUUUCUAGGGGUAGUUCAGUCCUCUUUUCUAUGGGGUUACAUAUUUUCAUCGUUUAUUGGAGGGGCACUGGUGGAUCGGUAUGGUGGAAAAAGAGUAUUAACUUGGGGAGUGGCAUUGUGGUCCUUAGCCACUCUACUGACUCCUUGGGCAGCUGCUCACUCGACCUUAGCCUUAUUGUGUGUUCGCGCCUUCUUUGGCCUCGCUGAAGGCGUUGCAAUGCCCUCCAUGACUACCCUUCUCUCGCGGUGGUUCCCGACGGAUGAACGAGCAAGUGCGGUUGGGAUAUCGAUGGCCGGGUUUCACAUGGGAAAUGUUGUGGGACUUCUGUUGACGCCGCUCAUGUUAUCUUCUAUAGGAAUCUCUGGUCCAUUCAUUCUUUUUGCAUCCUUAGGUCUAUUAUGGGUGUCCACUUGGUCAAGCGGUGUUACAAACAACCCUCAGGACAGUCCUUUCAUCACUAGGUCAGAGCUUAGGCUUAUCCAAGCUGGAAAACCAGUUCACGCACCAACCAAUGUAGCGAAGCCUAACCCUUCUGUGCGCCUUCUUUUGUCGAAAUUGCCUACUUGGGCGAUCAUUCUCGCUAAUGUGACUAACAACUGGGGAUAUUUUGUUCUUCUCUCAUGGAUGCCCGUUUACUUCCAGACGGUGUUUAAUGUGAAUUUGAAGCAAGCGGCUUGGUUCAGCGCUCUUCCAUGGGCGACAAUGGCGGUCUCAGGUUACUUUGCGGGCUCAGCAUCAGACUUCUUGAUCAGAACUGGUCACUCUGUAACCUCUGUGCGAAAGAUCAUGCAGUCUAUUGGAUUUAUGGGUCCUGGGUUGUCUCUGCUCUGCCUCAACUACGCAAAGACGCCUUCUUGUGCAGCGGUUUUCAUGACCAUUGCAUUGAGCUUGAGUUCUUUUAGCCAAGCUGGGUUUCUCCUCAAUAUGCAAGACAUCGCGCCGCAAUAUGCUGGUUUCCUGCACGGUAUUUCGAAUUGUGCGGGUACGAUGGCUGCGAUCGUAAGUACAAUAGGGACGGGCUAUUUCGUGCAGUGGCUCGGCUCUUUUCAGGCGUUCUUGACGGUAACGGCGUUUCUUUACUUUGUAACCACCGUGUUCUGGAUCCUCUUUGCUACCGGAGAACGAGUCUUCUAG